GAGCAGUUGCCUCCCCGCCUGCAGAGGCCUGGACUUAAUUUUCUUUCAUCUGCAACCUCACUGUGCCCUCCCUGUGCCUGCUGCCUCGCUCUCCGCCCCAGUCAGUGCCAGUCAUAGAUAAGGAAGGACGGGAAGAGGACUUUGCUCCCUGCCACCCGUCCAGGCCGUGUUCACCUACCACCUGCCGUCGGGGUACACAGUACUAAAAGGCAGAGACCGCCGCUAGAUUAUUUGGCACCGGAACAUUUUUUUUGAAGACUGGGAGGAAGGAUUUGAUGAAUUUCAUGAAAGUAAAUUCCCUUCCUGGGACCCAUGGGCGCUGCCUGUCCACAAGGGAGAUUUCAUGGGGUACCGGGACCCCAGCCAAGGCCCCGAGACCACAUCACACAGGCUUUGUGGCCACAACGUCUGAGUUAGACAACACGAUCUUCCAAGCUGUUUGUCUUUCCCAGAAAAAUGUUUGGGUUUUAAGCUGCCCGAUAAGAGGGACUCUGGCUACUGUGACGUGGUGACCUAAAGCAGAACCUUCCUGAACCUGAAGGUUAAAACUUCCUCCUUCACUUGGCUGCCUGGCCAUCGGGAUUUUCUGAAACCUGGAUCUGCAGACCCAGCCUCCCUCCCAGGAGAGGGGCCGUGAGCGUGUGGAGGGGGCUGGAGGAAGGGGCCUGGCUCCUGCUCUCCCUCUAGUCACGCUCCAGCCGUCCCCUUGAUCGGCCUGAACUGACUUGCCAGCUUCCAUUCAACCUGAGUCACCCCCGGCUUCAUCGGUGUGGGCUGGGCCUGGCCUGGCGGUUACGUCCUGACUGUGGCUUCGGUGACCACAGGCUCUGUCGCUUCACAGCUGUGUGGUUUGGCCAAGUUCUCCUCAGAGGCCUUCUGAGCCUUAGUUUCCUCCUUUAUGAACAGGGCUCCUGAAUGGUGCUGCUGAGGGCCGCUGGGGCUCUGGAGGCUGUUAGCAGCGUGGUCCACGGCACCGGCGCAUUCUCAGAGCUAAAAAGAUGCAACUCGAGUCUCCUCAGUGUCCCCAAAGUGAGAUUUGAAGCCUGCACCGGUCAGCCAAGAACAGUCUACCAUUCCGAUAACAGCCACUUCAAGCUGGGCCCUGACGGCGUGCUUACGGUUAAAAGGGCUCUACAGCUGCAUAAUCCAGAAAUGAGUUUCCUUGUCCACGCCUGGGACUCCAGCCGCAGGAAGCUCUCCACCAAGAUCACGCUGACGGUAGCAGCGCGCCAGCACCAGCACCGCCAUCACGACUCUCUGUCCAGGACGCAGGGGGAAGUGCUCACAUUUCCCGGCUCCCACCAGGGGCUCAGAAGACAGAAGAGAGACUGGGUGAUCCCCCCCAUCAACUGCCCAGAAAAUGAGAAAGGCCCGUUUCCCAAAACCGUGGUUCAGAUUAAAUCAAACAGGGACAAAGAAACCCAGGUUUUCUACAGCAUCACUGGCCAAGGAGCGGACUCCCCCCCCGUGGGCGUGUUUGUCAUUGAAAGAGAAACAGGGAGACUGAACGUGACGAUGCCCCUGGACAGAGAACAUAUUCCGCAGUACAUUCUCUUUUCUCACGCUGUGUCGUCUAACGGGGAGGCCAUUGAAGACCCGAUGGAGAUUGUGAUCACGGUGACGGAUCAGAAUGACAACAAGCCGGUGUUCGUCCAGCAGGUCUUUGAGGGGUCUGUCAUGGAAGGUGCUCUUCCAGGGACCUCUGUGAUGCAGGUCAAUGCCACCGACGCGGACGACGACGUGCGCACCGACAACGCUGCCAUCGGAUACUCCAUCCUCAGCCAGGAUCCGGAGCUGCCGCACAAGAUGUUCACCAUCCACAAGGAAACUGGCAUCAUCAGUGUGGUCACCACCGGCCUGGACCGGGAGAGUAUUCCCAAGUACACCCUGGUGGUUCAAGCUGCUGAUAUGAAUGGUAACGGCUUAAGCACAACAGCAACAGCCGUGAUCACAGUCACCGACAGCAACGAUAACCCUCCCGUCUUCAACCCCACCACGUACGAGGGGUCAGUGUUGGAGAACCAGGUUGAUGCCUACAUCACCACCCUCAAAGUGACCGAUGACGACGCCCCCAACACCCCGGCGUGGACAGCUGUGUACACCAUAUUAAAUGAUAACGAGGGGCAAUUUGUUGUCACCACAGACCCAGUCACCAACGAUGGCAUUCUGAAGACGGCUAAGGGCUUGGAUUUUGAGGCCAAGCAGAAGUAUGAUCUAUGUGUGAUCGUGACAAACGAGGUCGCCUUUGAAGUCCAGCUCCCGACCUCCACAGCCACCGUGACCGUCACCGUGAAGGACGUGAACGAAGACCCCAUCUUCGUACCUCCUCAAAAGAGGGUGGAAGUGCCCGAAGACUUGGGUGUGGGCCAGGAAAUCACGUCCUACACAGCCCAAGAUCCGGACCACUUUAUGAAGCAGAAGCUAACGUAUCGGAUUUGGAGAGAUACCGCCAAUUGGCUGGAGAUAAAUCCAGAGACUGGAGCCAUUUUCACGCGGGCUGAGAUGGACAGAGAGGACUCUGAGCACGUGAAGAACAGCACGUACACGGCCCUCGUUAUAGCCACCGAUGACGGUUCUCCAGCUAUGACAGGAACGGGAACCCUCCUCCUUUUCCUGCUUGAUGUGAAUGACAAUGCCCCCGUACCAGAACCUCGAAACGUUGAUUUCUGCCAGAGGAACCCUCAGCCUCAGGACAUCACCAUCAUUGAUCCCGAUCUUCCCCCCAACACGGCUCCCUUCACAGCAGAACUGAUCCAUGGCUCAAGUGCCAACUGGACCGUUCAGUACAAAGAGUUAGACAAGGAAUCUAUCAUUUUGAUGCCCAAGAAAUCCUUAGAAUUGGGCGACCACAAAAUAAGUCUCAAGCUCACAGAUAACCAGGGAAAAGACCAGGUGACCACCUUAGAUGCGUAUGUGUGUGACUGUGAAGGGCCUGUCAUCAACAAAUGUAAGCGUGCCGUGCCAUUUGCCGAAGCUGGAUUGCAAGUUCCUGCUCUCCUGGGCAUACUUGGAGGAAUCCUCGCUUUCCUGAUCCUAGUCCUGCUGCUCCUCUUGCUCAUCCGGAGGAGAAGAGUGGUCAAGGAGCCCUUACUACCCCCUGAAGAUGACACCCGAGAUAAUGUUUACUACUAUGAUGAAGAAGGAGGCGGAGAAGAAGACCAGGAUUUUGACUUAAGCCAGUUGCAUAGAGGCCUGGAUGCUCGGCCUGAAGUGACACGCAAUGAUGUGGCACCAACCCUAAUGACCGUGCCUCAGUACCGACCGCGCCCUGCCAAUCCUGACGAAAUUGGAAACUUUAUCGAUGAAAACCUGAAGGCGGCGGACGGUGACCCCACAGCCCCACCUUACGACUCUCUGCUGGUGUUUGACUACGAAGGAAACGGUUCCGAAGCUUCCAGUCUGAGCUCUCUGAACUCCUCAGAGUCGGACCAGGACCAGGACUAUGACUACCUGAACGAGUGGGGCAAUCGCUUCAAGAAGCUGGCCGACAUGUACGGCGGCGGAGAGGACGACUAGGACUCGAGACAGACGCGGAGAGCCAGGUCUCUGUACUCGUGUGCUCAGAAAUGUUUUUCAAUUCCUCUCACUUGAAUUUCUGGGGCAGAGAGACUGAUCGGGAAAGAAGUUAGAAUUUUUUACUUUCUAGAUGUAAUCUGUAUGUGCUACAAAGGUUGACGACCUACUGCUUGGAUGCUACAUGGUGGCAAUGUCCAAAAGAUACCCUACUGCCCGUCUUGUUUUGUACGUAGGCAAUCUGUAAUUGGCUCAUAAACAUAAGCUUUUCCUCUCCUAUUGCGGCACUGGUCUUUCAGCUUCUCAAAUCCACUAAGAAUUCCUUUGAAUUCCAUUACAUUGCCCCAGACAGUUGUUGUCAGGAGCAGAAAGUGUGCGUUCUUAGAUUUUUUUUUUCCUUUGGUCUGCCCACUGUGUCCUCCAGUGCUUUCACAGCUUUCCUUUUCUAGCUCCUGAGCACGUAACCUGAAAUGGGCAUCUGCCCAUUUACUUGCUCUAAGUUGGAAUGGAAUGUCCUAAGAAUGUCAAUAAAUGGUACUGUGGUUCUAAACAUGAACUCUUAACCCAGAAAAUGUGAUGAACUUUCAGAUACCACUUACUUUUUACUGUUUUUCAUAAAAAUGAGUGAUUCCAAGGCUCAAGACAGUGCCUGAAGUGCUGCAAAGCCAGAAGGUGGCUUAUUACAGGAGAGGGGAACACAUGACGAGUGGGCUUUGGAGACUGCAGGAGAGGGUAUCUUUGGUGUGGCAACACGGCAGACAGGAUGGUUGAGUGGGUCUACCUGGAGACUCCUUCAUUCUUCUAGAGCUAAACAUGUUUUCUAGCAGGAGUCGUGAGCCAUGCAUGGCUAGUAUCUGAAGGGCAGAAUCUCCAUGUGCCUAUGGACAGUCUUGGUCGAGAGUACAUGGGAACUGAGAAAACUGAGACUAUUAGCAAGUUUUAGCAGAAGGAAGAAAUCAUUGCUCUGAAGGGUUAUGCGGAGGGAAAACCUUGAUUUGGCAAAAUUCUUUUUGUCUGGUUAUCUAAGGAGCGCCGCUGUCAACUGUUUUUAGAAGAAAAGGAUCAUUUCUGCAAUCACUUUUAGGCAUUGCCAUGAUUUUACAGUAAUUUAAAGUAAUGCAGGUCUGUAGAGAGAACGCCACUGUAGUUUUUGAGUGUCUGUGUGUGGGUGCUGAUAAUUUUGUAUUUUCUUUGAGGGUGGGAAAGGAAAACAAUUCUGAAAAUAUUCUUUUUUAUAAAUUUUAUUAAAGAAUUUUGUUAAAUCUCUG